ACUUCCUCUGUGCUGGGGUGGUGGUGGGGAUACAGUGGCCUGGAAACCUCCUCUUCAAAGUCAUUUUAUAGUUUUUUUACAAUUCCAGCAAAGCAAGUCAGAGUUUUACCUGGGAAAUUUAGCUGCUUUUUCAUAUAUAUGUGAUAUUUAUUAAAUUAUUUCUAUACCAAACCCCUUUUUAUUGCUUCUCAUUUUCCUGGGCUGACCGUUUUUAGGAUUCUUUCAAGAAUCUCUUUGCUGGAGAUUGGGCCCCUGUCUAGCAUUUCACCUGUGCCCAUUCUAGUCUCCCCAUCCUCUUCACACCUUCUUUGGAUCCUGGUAUAUUGGAUCCCCCAGUGUAUCACCUCCCAGGUCCAAAUUCAGCUGCUCUGGACUCUAAGCAUUCUUCUUUGCAGCCAGCACACUGAGCUUUGUCAGUGUGAGGUGCAGGAGGGUACUUGCCAAAGGAAGGGGCAUCUCCUCCGGAUGUCAUCUGACCUGUGUCUGUUUUCUGCCUCCUGCUCCUACAGCAUGGUGGCCAGGAGGAUGUGUGUAUGGGGGAAUGUCUGGUGGUGCUCAGCUCCAGCCACACAUCCCUCAAGCCCUGUCCCCACUUCAGUGACCCCUGCUAUGUAAAUAAACCAAGGUGGCCUCUGUCUGUUGGCCCCUAAGUUGUUCAUUUUCUUGCAGCAAGUUGGCUCCUUGUUGUUCAAAAGCCUGCAAUGCCAGACUCACUAUUUACACAUCCAGUUGUUUUAAACAUAGUCCAAACAAGCAGAGCUUGAGCCCUCUAGAGCCUGCCUGCUUUGCAUACCUGUGAGGCUACACCCCACAUCUGCUAGCCAUAGCCAAGAGAAAGCCUGUGGCAUUAAAGACCUUAAGACACUGCUGCCCUGGGCCGCAGUCUGACCAGACUCUCUCAGUGCUCGUGAGCAACACCCUGACCUGCCUUGGCCUCUGGGUGGUCUCAUGCUGUUAAGGGCACUCUGCCUGCAAAUCUGUCAAGUGUCACCCAGUCAAGGCUGGUGCGAGCUAUCUCUUCCUUUUGUCAGCCUCCACAUCAGCUCUCGCCUGGGUGACCUAGCAGACUUUUCUGUCUCCCAGUGUGUUGGAAACAGAACUCUCCACUGAGGUUGAGUCCUAGUGGUAGGAAGGACCUCUGCCUCCCUAGCCCCUUUUCCUCCAUCCUUGUGAGAUUAGAGUGCCUGACUCUUCAUAGUUACUUCCGGUUAUAGUGAUUGUUCAUAGUAAUUUCAUAGUAAUUUUUCCCUGGCCAAAUUACCACAUGGUUCCUGGCUCCUGAUGGCCCCUGGGCCCCUCCAGUGUCAUUCAACCAUACCUGCCUUCUGGUGGAGCUCUGCCUGCCCUCCUGGGUCUCAGCUCUUUUUGGAAGUGAGGAAUAGACACUAAAGGGAGUGGGAUUUGCCAGGGCUUUCGGACUCUGUUCCACUCACUUGACCUCACUGGGCUCUGCACUGCCCUUAGCUGGGAAGGUGUCAGGAACAUAGGACAAAUGAGGCUUUCUCUGUGCAGCUCAUGUGCCCAUGGCUCCUUCCUUUCUGUUUCAGAAUCAGUUCGGUGUGGCUACAGACCAGCCUUUCCCAACUCGUCAUGGUUGCCAUUCCAAGAGCUGCUGGAAGUCCAGGAUGGUGAGUUUCCCUGGCAAAUUUGAAAUGGCAGCGGUAAAUGUCACUGUGGUCAUGGGAGCCAAAGCAUUCAGUGACAUCCACUGGGAGAGAAAGCAAGUGCAGAAGAUCAUUACUCACAAAGAUUACAGGCCACCCCACCUGGACAGUGACCUGGCCCUGCUCCUGCUGGCCACACCAGUUCAAUUCUCUAGCUUUAAAAUGCCCGUCUGCCUGCUGGGGAAGGAGGCGUCCUGGGACCACUGUUGGAUGGCAGAGUGGGUAUCGGCUUAUGGGUAUGGCACGUCUAGUGGCUGGAACAUGCAGCUACAGAAGCUGAGGGUGACCCAGAUCAGCUGGAAAGCAUGCUCGGCGAGGGUGGAGAAGCUGUCCAGUAAGAUGCUCUGUGCCUGGCAGGAACUGGACACCAAUGGCAACUACUGGGGAGACAGCGGGGCACCCAUGGUGUGUGCUAACCGGGGCACCCACAGGCUCUUCCAGGCGGGCAUCUUCA